CUCGACUCCUCAGAUUUUCGUUUCAGAUUUUGUUGACACAUUACUUCAGAGGAAUGACGUGUCGCUUCCUCAAACCAGUCUCUUCCUGCAUUAAAAGAAACUGAGAAAAGGAAAAUGCAUCUCCACAGAGUGGCGUGGCAGUGGUUUGGCCCGUGUUUGUCACCUGUGAAGGGGCGUCAGUCACACAUGCUGAACACACACACAGCAGACAGCCCUUCAUCAGAACAAAAAGAUGCUUCCCUGAGCAGCUUGGACCAAACAAAUCAGUGCGAGAAACACCGAAGGGAUAUUGUAUAUUUGGAUAUUGUGGGAGCCACUCACAACAGACCGUGUCUUCCUUGUUCCUGGUUGAAAUGACGACAUUCCUCUGAACCACUGAGCUGAGACUCUCAUUGUUUUCCACCAAAGAAAGAAAAGCUGCAGGCAGAAUGCGGGACAUGCUGGAGAGGCUGAAGACCAUCAGUGAGGAGCAGGAGGGCUGUGAGCCAGAGUUUAAUGCGCCCGAGUACGACGUGGACAAGAUGACUCUGUCUCAACAGGCGGUGGUUUUUGAGAACUCCUCAGCUAUUGACAACAUCCUAAAGGAGGUCCACUCCAUUCGCAAGGAGAUCUCCUUCCUCCACUCAGAGGUCGAGCGUCUGAGCGCAGUCAAUGAACGCUUUGGGACCUCUGUACGACGCCUCACCCUUAUCAAAAAGGACUCAGUUCAAAUUGCAAAGGGAAUCCAGCAACGUGGGGAGGCCCUGUACGCCCGCCUGCAGGCUCUGGGUAAGGAGGGCAGCGUGCUGGGGGAGAAGGAAGGUCACAACUCUGCUGUCUGCCGCAUUGCCCGAGCUCAAUACGACACUCUGACCAGAACCUUCCAUGCUGCCAUGAGUGACUACACUCAGGCUGAGGAGAUGCAGAGGAGUAUGUGUCGGGGGAGGAUCAAGAGGCAGGCCUCCAUUAUAGGGACUGAAAUCACUGAUGAACAGCUGGAUGUACUGGUGGACAAAGGCGGAGAGGGAUGGGCCGAGCUGUCCCAGAGUUUACAGACACAAGGUGGCCGCUCGAGCCGAUGGGCGAUGUGUGAGAUCCAGGGCAGACACAAGGAACUGGUGGAGCUGGAGGCCAGGCUGAAGGAGGUCCACGAACUGUUCCUGACCAUGGCCGUGCUGGUGGAGGAGCAGGGAUCCAUGAUCAACAACAUUGAGACCAACGUGUGCGGUACUGAGGAAUAUGUUGAAAAAAUCAAUGUUAACAUCAAGAAGGCCAUACAGUACAAGAGGAAAAAUCCUUUUCAUCACUUCUGUCCCUGUCUACCCUGCUGGAGACGCACCCAAACAUUAUAGGGCAUAUUUUGACUUGAUGCAAUUUUAUGGAUGAUUCAAAACUGAAGUAAAUAUCCAAAAGUUUUGUAGCAGAAACAUUUUUAUGUAAUAUGCUUUGAACAUGAUGUGAGUGUGUAAAGGAUUUUAAGUUGAAACAAUAAAUAUUUUAAGCAGUUCACUGACAUGUGAAAUAAAGUAUGUUGUGAAUUAAAA